CGCAGUGAACUCGUGAUGGCGGCGACGGUGUUCGCCGGGGAAGGGGCCGCCGCGCGCGGCGGCUGCUCGGCGGAAUGCGCCACCGGGAGCGAGCUGCCGCCGGAUCUUGGGAGCCGGGAGCGCGGCGGGGACGGUUGCGGCAAGAGGAGCGUGUACCUCAUGGAGUGCGUGCCGCUGUGGGGCUGCGCCGCGACGCGCGGCCACGCCGCGGAGAUGGAGGACGCGUGCGCCGCCGUGCCGCGCUUCGCCGACGUGCCAGUGCGGAUGCUCGCGACCAGCCGGGAGCUGGGCGGGAUCGGGGUCGACUUCGACGCCUCCGAGCUCCGGCUGCCGGCGCACCUCUUCGGCGUGUACGAUGGACACGGCGGCUCGGAGGUGGCAAACUACUGCCGGGACAAGAUCCACGUCGUGUUACGAGACGUGCUGCGAGCCGGCAAGGGGCUGGGGGAAGUAGAAUUAGGGGAGGUGGAUGUGAAGGAACCAUGGGAGAAGGUUUUCGGCGAUUCUUUCCAGAAGGUCGACGAUGAGGUGUCCGGCAUGUUUUCCGAUUGCUCCAGGGAGCCCCGUGCGGAACCCGUUGCCGCCGAUAACGUGGGUUCCACCGCUGUUGUUGCGAUUGUCUGUUCAUCUCAUGUCAUUGCUGCAAACUGUGGAGAUUCACGCGUCGUGCUCUGCCGCGGGAAGGAGCCGAUUGCUCUCUCGAUUGAUCACAAACCUGAUAGGAAAGAUGAGCUCGCCAGGAUUGAGGCCGCAGGUGGGAAGGUCAUUGACUGGAAUGGCUAUCGUGUCUCUGGUAUACUCGCAAUGUCACGGUCAAUCGGGGACCGAUACCUGAAACCAUUUGUGAUUCCAAAACCGGAAGUCACUGUUGUUCCUCGGGCAAAAGAUGAUGACUGCCUCAUUCUAGCGAGCGAUGGUCUAUGGGAUGUCAUGUCAAAUGAGGACGCAUGCAAAAUUGCACGACGGCAGAUCCUUCUUUGGCACAAGAAUAAAAACGAUGGUGCAUAUUCUGAUGAGGGCGGCGGCGAACCCACCAUGAACCCUGCUGCAAAAGCAGCUGCUGAUUGUCUCGUGAGGCUAGCGCUGAUGAAAGGGAGCAAUGACAACAUUAGUGUCAUUGUUAUUGACCUGAAAUCACGAAAGAAGCCUAAGGGCAAAUCCUAACAUGCUCCUAACUCACCUGACUAGCUGACCGUGGUCUGCGACCAGAGUUUCCUCUGCUAGUCUGCCUUCCUUGCAAGACGUCAUGGCUCCAUUUUUUCUUCUUCAGAUGUCUGCAAGAGUUGUAUGUGUAUAUGCUAAUAGGUGUGGUUCCAACGAUCUGAUGUGCGGGGUGUGUGUCCAUGUAUACCCCCUUGCCCUUGUGCUUUGGGGCUGUUCGCAUUUGUUUUCGGAACAUCCUGUAAAUGUUAUGUUAUCUGCAUAAUAAUUGAGCCUUGCAAAAGACUGAUAUGAUUGUCGGAACUCGGAAGUUACAUAUGUAGCAGGGA